UUGCAAACAGCAGCUCGCUUACAACACCGAUAGGUAGGUUAGCGUUUACCUCUGAAUUAGACUUUUUAUAGCCUAAUUGCUAUGUAACUUUUGCAGUGUACGUCAAUUUAUGACAAAUAAAUGAAGAAAUAGUAGUUGGAAUAGCCUAAUCUACAUUUUCUCUUUUUACGAUAAAACAUGAGUCGAGUCAAGGAGUGGCUGUUUAAGUCGCAUGGAAUGGAACUGGAAGAAGACUUCUAUUCUUUUGAUUACGCAGAAGAAUUAUCUGGUUACCAAGACCCCAAUGAACUUCUGGCAGCAUUGAAACAAAAAGAAGAGGAAGUCAUAUUAGCUGCCGAGUUGGGAAAUGCUCUUCUCCUGGAAAACCGUCAGCUUAAAGAAGAAAAUGACAAACUCCAUGAACAAUACAGCGACAAGUUAGAGGAGCUGGAGCAGAGCAGGCACGAGUUACGAGUGAAGCUGGACAGCUGCGAGACGGCAUGGGAGAAUCAGGUGGUGGAGCUGGAGAGGGAUGUACAAGAGCUGACCAUCCAGACGCAGAGGCUCAACCAGGCCUUGACCGAAGCAGAGCGUUGCAAGAAACAGACCCAGCGAGAGCACGCCGACGAGACCAACCGACUGAAAGAACAGCUCAACAAGGCAUUAGAGGCUGAGCGGGUGCUGACGGCAGAGCUGCAGGUGUUUAAGCAGAGCUUCCACCAGCAGGGCCGCUCCGGGCCCCGGGAUGAGGAGCUCAUCAGUGCCCUGAAAGAGCAGGUGGCGCGUCUGUCGCAGAAGAACUUGUCUCUGGAGCAGCGUCUGGAGGCUGUGUGUCAGGAGAAUGCGGGUCUGCAGGACAGCCUGGCUUCCCUGCACAAGCGGCUCGUUCUGCAGGAGGAACAGGGCCGCCAGCGCACUCAACAGCUGGUGGAGGCUGAGAAAGAGGUGGAGGUGUCACGUGGGAGGAACCAGCAGCUGCAGGAGCAGGUGGAGCAGCUACAGGAGGAGAUCUCCAUGCAGGAGUCUGGGCGGAGCGAAGCAUCUCUCCUGUCUGAGCUGGAGCAGAGCUUCAGUAACAUGAGCUGGAGUCAGGACAAGGAGCAGGUGAAGGAGGAAGUGCUGUCUGUCCUGAAGGUCCUGCUUCCCCUAACGGACCAAGAAAGGGCCCUGGACUCCCUGCGCCAGGAGAACCUGGACGGCGCACUUCUCCUGCUCAGAACCACGGCUCACAGACUCGCUUGCGACCGCGCCCCUCAGGAGCUGAAUGCCCCCAUUGUUGGCAGUGUGCGUGAGAAUGCGGACCUGAUUCAGGAGCUCCAGGAUCAGAACUCUAAGCUCAUGGCAGAAAAUUCAGAGCUGAAAACCCGUGUGGAGAACAGCCAGGAGAGAGAGGUGACACAACAGGCCAUACGGGACCGAGAUGAAGCCAUCGCAAAGAAGAACGCCAUGGAGAAAGAGCUGCUGCGCUGCAAGACUGACAUGAUGUCCCUGAACAACCAGCUCCUGGAGGCCAUUCACCGCAAGCUGGAGCUGUCUCAGGAGCUGGAGGCCUGGCAGGAUGACAUCCAAGUGAUCCUCAACCAGCAGCUGCAAAGCCAACAGCUGUCAGAAACUGGCCUGAGGAAGACCCGCACCAACCGGCUACCGUUCCUAAAUUGGUCCAGCGCCCCCGAGCUUGAGCACAGACGUGCCUCCACGCCUUGCACCACCUCCUCCAGUACCUCAGAGAAGACACAGGCACCCUGGAAGGGCUGGCUGAAGCGGGUGAAGAUGGGCCAGGAAGGACUCUGAGCCCUGGGUUCAUGGGCACCAUCAGUUACCGCAGAGCCCACAGAUGGCUCACGGUUAAAACGGCAGGGCUGCCGAACUCGCAUCUCUGAAAUGGCGAGUCUACGCCCUUAGAAGCUGAAGCAAAAAGGAAAUGCUACAUGGGCAUGGACAUUUUCGCAUGAACUUGUCAUCUUUACUAUAUGUGUAUUUUUAUUUUUGGAUAAUCUAUGUUGGACUUUGAAAGUUCGACGUCCAAUUUAAAUCAAAGUUCUGCUGCAGAAUCUAUGCUAAAGACAGACAAUGAUGAACGUGAAGGAGAGGGCUUUUGUAAAAUAAGUUUCAUAAAAAGGAAAGCAGAAGCUUCAGCUAUGUGCAUGUAUAUUGAUCCUGACAGUAUUUACUGAUAAUGUGUUCAUCAAAGUGUUUAUUAAGGACAGAUUAAGUAGAGUAGAACAUACUGUAUUUGUGUAAAUUUGAUUGGAUGUCACAGGAUUAGGGGAUUUAAGAUUCUAGGAAUACAAUUUGUGCCAGUAAGUCUUUCACUUGCUGAGUUCCACUUAAUUUAGCAUUUUUUAGAUUAUGCAAAGGCAUACAAAAAUGUAUAAUUUUCAACAAUGUACUGUAUCACUCAAGUAAUUAUUCAUGAGCCAUUGAACACAAACGGAUUUGCUUUUGACUUUGAUCUGCAAAAGCUUUUUCAGAAGUGGCAGCCAGAGUUAUAGCAGGCUCUGUUUCGGGUUUGUUACAAUGUAUUUUCAGGGCUACGAAUGUAUAGAACCCAAGGAGAAAUGUGUAGCAAUGCUGCAUGCUGAAGGGCUAUAUUCUCAAACUUAUGCAGUUUAAAAGUAAAAAGAACUAUAUAGAGAACAAACAUUUUGAGGUUAUAAUGAAGGUAAGAAGUCCCUGCCUUUCUUUUUAGAGAACCAGACUGGGGGGACUGCAGAACUACUUAAGGCUCCAUGCUGAAAGUAAAAAAAGCCGCUAGACCAUUCAUCUUUGCUUUCAGUUGACGGCUACCAUUUUUAGUUAGAGAGAAAGGCAUGGCUACAGUAUAGGGAUCCUGGGCAGGUUGUGCCAAAUGCUUCCAUUGGUAUUCCAUUAUAAACUAGUGUACAUUUGACUCCCUUCUCCUGGCACUUAAAACACUGUAAAGUGUGUAAUCAUGUUCACUGAGCCUCACCUGGCUCAGCAUUGGACAACCAGAAGCAUGUCAAAAGCAGGGAAAUAUGUGUAAAUAGGAAAACAGCUAAAGGAUUGUGGUUGUUGUACAGUAUGUAUUUAAGGCAUACACAUGCUGAUUUCAAACUUACUGUUACAUAAUGUGACAAAAUCUAAGAUUCUGUGUAAAAAUCUUUACAUUGCUCGUCACACUUUCUUACUGAUUUUAUGCAUCUUUAAACAUGUUUGACUGAAGUCAACUAUGCUACAGAAUGACUGGAUCAACUGAAAUGCAUAAUACAAUAUUUAAUGACAAUGUGAACCUGAACCCUACAAGAAUGACAAGGCAUGCUUUCAGAAACCGCUGUGUAUGAUGUGUUUGAAGAAAAGGAAAUUGGCAUUGUUUAUACUGUUGAGUAAAGUCAUAUUUAUACACAUA